AUGGCGCUUCCAGAUGCUACAGGCGGUGUUGCCAUUGUUGGAGUUUCCGAGGCUUGCUGGCUCUGCAGGGAGGAUUUCGUGACUGAUGGAGAUUUGGACAUAGAUGCUUUGAAGGGCCUCGGUUUCCCAAGGGACUGGCCGCAAGUCUACACGGGCAGUGACGCGCUGAAGUCCAUGAUCGGGAAACGGGGGCGAAUCCCGGCCAAACGAGUUGCUGUUGCAGGGCCACCAACGCCGGAGCAGCUGUCGAAGCUCCCCCCGGUGUCGGAUCUUCACCUUGUUCCUCUGCACAGCUUUGGUAAUGCAGAGACUUUGGCGAAACAUGCUGGACUAGGAGUAGUGAAGGGCUGGGCAGUCUUCGAGCGUUUGGACAAACCAAAAGGGACAGCUUUCGUUGCCGAGCGCUACUGGUGGAACUCUUUUCCGGAGGGCACCUGGAUCGAUUUGACUCCGCGCCCUCAGUCAUGGCAGCAGCUGCUUCUGGCAGAGCCAGUAUCACUCGAGGAGAGCAAGAAGAAAACGGUCCUUAGCAAGGAGGUGUCGCAGCUCCUCUGCCAGCUGCUGACUCAGAGAUUCCCGAGUUACGUGCCCAGACAGCCAGAAGUCAAAGAGAGAAAGGCAGGAGAUGCCAAAGCGAAACCGAUGCCAGAAAGCACUAGCGACGCCAUCAAGAAGCAGUCUGGAUAUGUUGCCAGCGAAAGGGACAAGCGAGGUGAACGGAAGGCCCAAAAGAGUGGUGUCGAUUAUUCCAAGUUCGACAACAUCGAGGACUCGGACGACGAGAAAUUGGUCCCGAAACAAGCCCUUACCUUGCCCAUGGGCCUGCCAAGAGAGGCCGUUUCCCGGCAGGACUAUGACAACGUUUGGCGGGCUCUGCUGCAGGACAAGCGGCUCCCUUUCACGCCUGCACCAGACUUGGAUCAAAUGUGGGGGUACUACAAGUAUGGUGGCAUGGAUGAGCAGGCAUUGUUGGAUCAGGCCUGCGAGGUUCUUGGGAAGUUUCCCUGCAGAUUAGAUCCCGCAGACUGGAAAGCGAAGACUUACACCCUCACCAAGAAGCUUGAGAUGGAGAGCCGUGAGGACGAGGCCAGGAUGUGGUCGAUCAUUUGCAUCCUCCGUUUUCCAGACGCGGAUGCCUACUACAACCAGGGUGUGCUUUUGAACAAGCUCUGUGACAAGGUGAAGUUCGGCGGCGCAUUGCAGGUGAAGCUGCCGGCCCUGGACGCCGCCCAGGCGAAGAUGGUUCCCGUAGAGCAGUACUGCUCCCUUUUCUCCAGAGCCGGUGUCAGCUACUAUCGCAAGUCACUGAAAACGGAUCCCAAACAGCGUCCAGCAUAUAUCAAUUUAAUUGGCAGCCUCGAACGCAACGAGCCAGCGAAUUGGUACAACGAUGUGCACGACCUCGCAAUUACAGCUGUGAAGCAUGGGAUUUGGUAUACAAAGUGGCAAAGACCACCACAUUUUGCGCCCUCCUUGCCGGCUAAACCCUUCCACGACAGCAAGGACUUCCCUCUCUCUCGUGCCUUAGAGGAGAACUAUUCCAUCAUCAAGGCAGAGUUCGAGGCUUACAUGGAGAAGUUGGCGAACCGCAAGGACUGGGACGACUCGGACAAGACGCCGGGCCUCGGCGACGUUGGCAAUCGCCCCGGCGCUUUGCAUGACGGCGGCCUCAAGAAAUCCGGGAAGUGGCAAGAGGUACCGCUCUUUACCAACUGCACGAAGCAGCAUGAGUACACUGAACAGUUCCCCGAAACAACUCGAAUUCUACAGACACACUGCGCGGAUGCCACUGGCUUGGCUUUCUGUGGCGGAGGCGACGUGAUUUUUAGUGUUCUGACUCCUGGAACCCGACUGCGGCCACACUGUGGCCCCAGCAACGCGCGGCUGACUUGCCACCUUGCGAUCAAAGUCCCACGCUCUUGCCAGCAGGGCUGUCACAUCCGCGUCGCAGCUGAAGAGCCGCGAGGCUGGGAAGAGGGACGCUGCCUGGUGUUCGAUGACUCGUUUGAGCACGAGGUCGUGUUUGCUGAGGCGAAGGGAGACGAACCUUAUCCUGGCAACCGGGUUGUACUCCUGGCCAAUUUCUGGCACCCUGAUUUCGGCUUCAAGAACGAUCCUGAGUGGCGGCAGAAAUCGGAUGCGAUGAUGGCAUCUGUGGAUGUGGCUGUCCGGACAGAAGCUCCAAGUAUUCCCGUGAUCACUUCCGAGUCCGAGGUGGCUUCAUUUCCGGCCUGGUUGUCUGAGCUGGUCCUGCCACUUGCUACGGGCUUCAUAGCCUGCAGCUGCAGCUUGGCUCUGUGUUGCUAUUGUCUGCGAGAGGCCCGCAGUUGGAAUGCUUGGAAUGCCACAAUCAGGACACCAACUUCGCCACCCAGUAAUGCACGGAUUGCCCGGGUCGUCGGCAAGGCACGGGCUCGGCCGAAGGAGAGGCGACGGCGCAGACGGGCGGCCCCAAGGCCUCCCGACCAUCCCGACGAGAAUCCUGACGAGCUUCCGGCCUUGCUGGAGCUGGAUCCUUCCAAUGAGAUGCGAAUGGAAGAUGCAGCUGAAGCAUCUGACCCUUACCCAUUAGUUGACAUCUGGGCUUCUCCCAAUGAGGUUGAACCUGCAGAGAGCGAGGGCGUGCAAGAAGCACCCCAAGCUGAGACGGACCAAGUGCUCCCAGAGCUUGAUGCAAAGUCGGCAAGCCCAAGAGUGAGGAGCGCUUGGCACUCGAAGUGGAAGGACAUGGAAGCGGAUCUCGAGGCAGCCUUGACAGGCCCGGAGGCUGCCAAUAACAUCCCUCAG